AUGGGUAAGGUUCACGGAUCUCUCGCUCGUGCGGGUAAGGUUAAGUCUGCGACUCCUAAGGUCGAGCCCCAGGAGAAGAAGAAGCUCCCCAAGGGCCGCGCCAUGAAGCGCCUCAAGUACACUCGUCGUUUCGUCAACGUCACCAUGACCGGUGGCAAGCGGAAGGUACGUUUUUGA